AUGAUAGAUCCUAUUCCUUACGAAUUUCCUGAUUUUUUGAAUUGUGAUCCCAUUGAAGAUGUUGUUGGUAUUCCCCAGCCCCUCGAUAACAAUAAACAAGAUCAACAGCAACUAUCAUUAGAUGAAGAAAUUAAGCUUGCUAUCAUGACAUUAGACGAUGAGUCUCCCAUUGGAUCUAUCCUGGAGGAGGAGAAUUCCGAGUUUGAUACACCUCAGACUAUAGAUACUGAACAAACCAAUGAAACAGAAGAGAUGCAACUACGAGGUGGAACCCCAGGGGUGCUGUCGAAUGAGAAAGUCAACUUGAAUACAAUAACAAACAUUAAAGAAGCGAUGAUUAAUACUUCAAAAUUAUUAUCAUUGUAUACUACUUUAAAGACUACAUAUCUUAAGUUAUGUAAAGAGUUCAACUAUCUAUUGGGGAAAUUUAAUGAAAAUGAAAAGAUAAAGAUUGAAUUAAUACAUGAAAAUAAUGAAUUAAGAAGAUUAUUAUAUGAAUUAAUAAAAGAACGAGAAAUGGAAAGAAAAGAUAGAACUAAUUUGCAUAUUUAA